AGAGGCAGUAGGGACCCUAGUUAGGGCACAAGUACACGGAGUGGAACACACCCUUCAGUAAUCCGGUAAAGAGGAAGCGUAACACGGAGAGCUCGGGGUGAUGAUGGUGUCUCACUCUUACUGAUGACUGAACACUGAACAAAAUGGAGGACUCAUCCAAAGAAGAAUACAAGAUCCAUUCCUUCGAACCGGAGACACAGAAGCUGCUUAAAACAGCUCUUAAAGAUCCAGGUUUGGUGGAUUUGGAGACAGUGUGUAACAUCAUCGUGGACCAGUCGCUGAAGGAUCAGGUGUUCAGCAAAGAGGCGGGACGCAUGUGUUUCACUAUCGUCCAGGCGGAAGCCAAGCAGAACAACAGCAGUGUGUUUCGCCGUCACCUUCUGAACCGACUGCAGCAGGAGUUCAAGAGCCGGGAGGAGAUGAGGAAGAGGUCCAUGCAGGAGUGGGUGUGUUACGUCUCCUUCAUCUGCAACACCUUCGACUACCUCAAGGUCAAUAACAUUCCGAUGAUGGUGCUGGUCCAGCCGGUGUACGACUGUCUGAUCCGACUCGCCCAACCGGACGCCCUCAAAAACGAAGAGGAGGUGGACUGCCUGGUGCUGCAGCUGCAUCGUAUCGGAGAUCAGCUGGAGAAGGUGAACGGUCAGCGCAUGGACGAGCUCUUCUUCCUGCUGCGUGAUGGCUUCCUGCUGCAGAACGACCUCAGCUCGCUCGCCCGCCUCCUCCUGCUCGAGAUCCUCGAGUUCCGCGCCGGAGGCUGGAGCCUCAGCGACACAGCUCAGAAGUACUACUACAGCGAACUGCAAGACUGACCGUCCGACUCACGGACUGAUGCCUCAGCCAAUCAGCAGCUGGAAGAAGAGCGUCUACUGUUUGUUCCUCCAGGACAUUUAGAAACGUGUGUUAAGAUUGGACUUCAUGCCUGAAAACACGAGAAAUUAACAAGUGCCUUCUAUUAGUUUAUUACUGAGCUCCAAACUCAGGCACCCUCUGAUCAACAGGAGAACAGACGAGUGAAAGAGAGUGUGAAAGAGAGUGAAAGAGAGUGAAAGAGAGUGAAAGAGAGUGUGAAAAAGAGUGAAAGAGUGUGAAAGAGAGUGAAAGAGUGUGAAAGAGAGUGUGAAAGAGAGUGAAAGAGUGUGUGAAAGAGAGUGAAAGAGUGUGUGAAAGAGUGAAAGUCUGGAGAGCUCAGCAGAAUGGUUUAAGAGUGAUGGAUGGAGAGGAUGGAGAAUCAGUGUGUUGUUCUCUAGAGAUUUAAAGAAGGAUCGAUUAUGAUGUCAUCAUCAGGUCAGUGUGGUGUGUCUCAGUGUCUUCAUACUCGAGGUCUGGACUGUCUAAGACUUGGACUUUGGACUUGAUCAUGAGGUAACAGCCUCAGGAUUGUCGACCGGAUCUCAGUAGCGAACAAUGGAGCUCCACGUGGACUUGACUUCCGAGUCUUUGGACAGAACGUCCUCACGAUCACUGCCUUACUCUCGACUUGGACAUGAUGGUCAGUGACUUGACCACAAUGCUGCUGUAUGUAAACAUCUGAGCGUUGGUUAUUCAGCAGUAAUUAGACCAAAGCGUAGAGAUAAUUCUGAUCAAACCGCUGAGAGGUGAAUAACCUCUCCUCAUCCUCUAACCUCACCCUCUGUAUCACACUCCUUUACAACAGACUGGAGGAAACUGACCCUGUGUUGGGGGAGGGGCUUAAACAAUAAAUACUGACCAGUCUGAUCUUUUUUAGACCAAAUUCUGGAGUUGUACAUUUUAGUCUGAAAACAUCUUCCAUGCUGAUCAAGUUCUGAGUUCUGGACAAAAUCUGGAGCAACAUCACACCAUCAACACACGUCACGUUCUUCUCAGUCUGCUGACCAAUCAGAAGCGUCUCUGUUUAAAUACGACACGCUGUAAUCAUCAUCCUGAGCUGAUUGUGUGAAAUUUUUGGAACAUAAUUGAGACUUUUUCACCAAAGUUGUACAUUUUGCCUUUGAACAAAUCCAAUAAAUCUACAGAGCUCUGAA